AUGCCGUCCCAAGAUUGGGAUGCCCCCUCCCGCGAUCGGGAACUCGUUCGCCAUCAACCUUCCAAUAGCGAGUCGAGUCGGUCCUUGGUUCCAAUGUGGGACAGCUCCGACCCAGAGCGCGCGCCUCCUCCUUUGCCUUUGAACCCCCGCUCCAUGAGCCCGGCGACUAGACAUAACGUUUCGCCAGGAAUUCAGGCCGUGGCAGCCAAGUUCACAGACAAGCCGAGCGAGAAUGCUCUCAGCUCUUACACAACAAACCCAAUGCCCAAUAAGUCUGGGUCACCAGAGCGUUCUCUGGUCAAGGGUCACCAUCAUAAGCGCUUGCAGUCACUUCAGCCCAGUGAUACCAAGGGCGAUGCUCGUUCAGACUUCUUGAACUAUUUGGAGAAUCGAUCACCUGAACGGCCUCUCCGGGCUACGAUUAUCGAUCCUACGCCCAAGCCGCUAGACCCGAGCAAAGGUUUUGGAUCACCACCGCGUCCUGCUGUGCGGGAAAUGCCCAGUUACGUAUCAGGUAGUUACCUGUCCAAACCAAUUCUUGGAGAAAAUACUCCUACUUCUGCUACCAUGCUGGCGUUGCAAAACAUGCAACUUCCUUCUGAUAACGACCCAACCUCGCCCUCGAAACCACCCAAGAUGAUUACAGCGCCCAUGCCUGAAGAACCCGCACACACCAUGGGUAGCCUAGCGGAACAGAUUGGCAGCCUCACCGAGAUUGCCAGUGGCCUGCAGCGCGAAAUGAUGAACCUAAGCCGCCGAAGCAAAGAUAACGCCACUGAUUUAAUCAGCCUCAAGGCUGCGACUAAUGCCCGAGAUGAAGAUAUUCGAAAGAGUUUGAAGGACUUGUCCUCUAAUCUCACAUCGAAGUAUUUCGAUGGUGAUCUAUCAAGGUUGGAUUUCAGCGCAUUCCUGAAGCCGGAGAGCGGCCCUAACCCCACUGAAUCGGAUAGUUCUCCCAAUUCGAAAAGAAGCUACUCUGUACCACGUAUGCCCAGCCCUAACCCUUUCGUCUUUGACCGAGACAUAUGUGGCUCGCCUGCACCGCCAAUCUCCGACGGAUCCGCUAGUAUCGCUCUACUCGAAAAAGUGUUGCGGGAGAUGGCCACGAAGGAAGGUGAGGAGAGGCUUUUGGAGCUUGUGGAUGAAAUCAAAUCACGACCUGCAGCCACUCCGUCUGACAAAGAUGCCGACAAGAAAAUCACGAAUAUGCUGGAAGAGAUUCUUAACCUCGUGAAGGAAGACCCGUCAAGCAGAGCCCUUGUCCGUUCGAUGACUACGGAGCAUCUUCGCCCGCCAACUAAUGCCGACAAUGGAGGUCUCCGGUCUACGUCACUCGGGCCCAUUGAUGAAACCGCCACUGUGCAGGCGCUAGAUGUACCGAAGGAUGACCAACUUCAACGCAAUGCACCCAAUAAUGAUGAAGUCUUGACGAUUCUUCGAAGUGUCAAGAACAGUGUCACUGAAGGAGGUGGCAUGACGAACAACGUCAAAGCGCUAGUCCGUGAAUUGCGUGGCGAGGUGCUCGGCAUGGGUCGUGACCUUGCGCGCAAACUGGAAACAGUAGAGUCAAACAUGGCUGAGGCACGGCAACAGCAACAGAUCGAACCUCCAAAAGCAGAGGAGAUCACUGCGAUCAUUCACGACAGCCUCGGCGAUCUCCAGGAGCAGCUGGCUGCUACUGUGAACGAAAGUCGAAAUCACUCUGCUGCUCUGGCCCAAUUCCAGUCAACCCUGAACAGUGCUGAGAUAUAUUCCAUUGUGAAGAGGGCACUGGAUGAGAUCGAGUUUCCUGAACCUCAACGGGAGCCUGAUGGAUCUCGAAUGGAAAAGGAUGACAUUCUCGACACCGUACGCGACGCCUGGGAGACAUACAAGCCGGAAAUCGAAUUGCAGACUAUUGGAUUGGAGCGAGACGAGAUCUUGGAAUGCUUAGCUGAAGGUCUUAAAGAAUACCAACCGCAAAACCAGGAAUCUAUCAGCUAUGAUCAAGUGUUGGCCGCCGUACAGACCGGCCUGCAGAACUUCAAUCCCCCACCAGUCGAGCAACCGCCUUCAAUUACCCGAGACGAGAUAAUCCUUACUAUUCGGGAAUGUCUUGAGAAAACCGAGCCAACUUCUCGCGCUUUGGAUGAAACUCAUGUGAAUCAUUUGAAUUCGGUGCGAGAUGACAUUCUCAAUGCUGUUUUUGAGAGACUGGAGCCUCAUUCACGGGGGCUGGAUGAAGAACACAUCAAUUAUUUCAACAGCAUCCGCGAUGAGCUGCUCCAUGCAGUGGCUGAACGCCCAGAAGCCACUAGCAGAGGUCUAGAUGAGGAUCAUCUUCAUCAUCUCAGCUCCAUCCGCGAUGAGAUUCUUCACGCAAUGGCGCAACGACCAGAACCUACAAGAUCUCUCGACGAUGAACAUAUUCACUACCUGAAUUCGAUGCGUGAUGAGUUGAUGCAGGCAAUUGCCGAUAGACCAGAAUCUUCGGAUAGAUCUCUGAAUGAGGAUCAUAUCAACCACCUCGCUUCGCUUCGCGAUGAGAUUCUUCAAGCGAUCUCUGAUAGACCAGAGUCGAAUAGCAGAUCUUUGGAUGAUGAGCAUAUCCACUAUUUGAACUCCAUCCGGGAUGACAUCCUCCAAGCCAUGUCUGAAAGACCAGAAUCUGGCAGCAAAUCUCUGGAUGAUGAGCAUAUCCAGUACUUGAAUUCCAUUCGCGAUGACAUUCUCCAUGCCAUGUCUGAAAGACCAGAAUCUGGCAGCAAAUCUCUGGAUGAUGAGCAAAUCCACUACUUGAACUCUAUUCGCGAUGACAUUCUUCAUGCCGUGGCCGAAAAGUCUAUUGAGUCCGCUGAGUCCACUGCUCCCAGGUCCAUCAAUGAAGAGCAAUUUGAGCACCUCAGCUCUCUCCGCGAUGAGAUUUUGGACGCAGUCACUAGAUCCAUGACUACACAGAGUAUGAUAAGCAAGGAAUCUUUUGACUCCGGUCUUGGCCGUGAUGACAUUGUGAGCGCAAUCUCCGAUGGCCUUGAGGCUCACUUCACCUCGGUUAAGGAACUCGAUGAACCCCGUGUUUCGCGGGAAGAUGUCGUGAACGCUAUCAAUGACGCCUUUAAUGCCCAGCAGUCUGCUCUGACCAUCACUUCUCCACCAGCUAUCUCCCGUGACGAAAUCAUGAAUGCUAUCGUGGAUGGUAUUGAGAUCGCUAAUCAAGCCAAGGAGUCGGUGGUCAGCACCGAUGUCCAACCCUCGUCGUCCAUUUCUCGUGAGGAGAUUUUGGAGGCUAUCUCUGAGGGCUUCGAGAGAUCAUACGAGUCCCAGAAGUCAGCCUUGAGUACCGAUAUUCAGCCCUCGUCCAUUUCACGAGAUGAGAUUCUGGAGGCCAUUUCUGAAGGCCUCGAUAGAUCACACGAGUCUCAGAAGUCAGCCUUGAGUACCGAGGUUCAACUGCCGAAUCUCACUCGUGAGGAGGUCCUCAAUGCGAUUGUUGAUGGCUUUGAAAGUGCAAACACCAUGACUCGUGAGAUUGAACUCAACAAAGACGACCUCAUGGAAGCGAUCACCGCUGGUCUCCAUGAAGCUACCAGCUCUGCAAACAUAAAUGCCGGAGAUCAAGUUCUGCAAAGACUGCAAGACGUUGUUGAUGGGAUGAAGGAAGAAUUCAAACAAUACUCCGCUGCCAACGGCAAAGACACCGAGCAAGUCCUGGAUGCUGUCAAGGAUGGCCUUGCCGUGGUUCGACAAGAAAUUGAGUCUUAUGUGGCUACAGCUCAGGAGGUUUCGGGCAAACAUGAGAUUAUCGAUACGGUCAAGGAAGGAUUCCGCCUCUUGCAAGCCGACAUGGAAAAGACAAUUACCGACACCGCGGUCUCUAAUGCCACACCCAGCACUCCUGACACAACGGAGCUUCUCGAUGCUAUGGAAAAGGAGUUCGAGCACCUGCGUGGCUCAAUUAGCAACCUUCUUCUAGACAGUCACCGAACCAGUGACAAGGAUGAAAUUCUUGACGCCAUCCGUGAUGCCAGCGAGCAGAACAAAGACAAGUCAAUUGACGAGCAGAUCCUCAAAUCCAUCAGGGAAGAGUUUGAGAAAAUGCGCGAGUCCACAGAAAUGAGUCUUGUUCGCUCCGAGCCUCCGCCAUCUGAAAAGGAUGAUAUCAUUGCUGCCCUUCGUGAGCAUUUUGAUACUCUCCGGGAAGAGACUAUGCAGCAAAAGGAUGGCGGCGAGAGCUCGAUGUCUGCCACCAGCGAACUUCUUGAAGCCUUUAAUGAUGGUAUCCACUUAAUACGUGAAGAUGUCCAGAAGGUCUUAGAGAAGCCUGCCGAUUUCGAUAGCUCUGAGAUUCUCGAGACCAUCAAGGACGGCCUCGCUGAGCUGCGACUAGAAAUCGACUCCCUUCGACAGUCACAAAAAGAGCAGCAGGAGAGUGAAAUUGAUGAGGCGGAAACGACUCGUGGUGGUGAGAUUGUGCUUGCCAAUGAACCCUCUCCCUUGGGUACCGAUAUUGAGGGUCUGAAGUCUCUCAUCACUCAGCUUUCAGAUAAGAUGGAGGCCACUGAAACUGCUCGCGCCGCGGAGCCUGUUGUGGAGCCCACGGAGGAGUCUUCUGAGCCUGCCGAUCCUCCAUUAAACCGUAGCCAUCUUGAUGAGAUUAUGAUGGCUCUCCAGGAACUGCAACUCGCCGUUGGGGAAAUGAGUGCUAGUCGAGAGAUCCCUGAGGGGGGUGCGCGCAAGGAAGAUACCGAUAUCAUCGAGGGUCUCCUCAUGACCACCAAGGCCCAGAUUGAUGAGAUGCAGUUCCCGUCACUCGACGGAGUUGCCACCUCCGAGCACAUUGGGGCUCUUGAGUCUGCGAUCCGAGAGUCCAAGGAUGCUAUGGCCGAUGUUGCCACCUCCGAGCACAUUGGAGCACUCGAAGCUAUGAUUCGAGAAUCCAAGGAUGCUAUGGCCAACGUUGCCACCUCCGAGCAGAUCGGGGCCCUUGAAACUGCUAUCCAAGAGUCCAAGGAAGCCAUGGCCGUCGUAGCCACCUCCGAGCAGAUUGGGGUCCUUGAAGCUGCUAUCCAAGAGUCCAAGGAUGCCAUGGCCGUCGUUGCCACUUCCGAGCAGAUUGGGGUCCUUGAAGCUGCUAUCCAAGAGUCCAAGGAUGCCAUGGCCGUCGUUGCCACUUCCGAGCAGAUUGGGGCCCUUGAGGCUGCGAUCCAAGAGUCCAAGGACGCCAUGGCCGUCGUUGCCACCUCCGAGCAAAUUGGGGCCCUUGAGGCUGCGAUCCAAGAGUCCAAGGCUGCUAUGGCCGAAGUUGCUACCUCCGAGCACAUUGGGGCUCUCGAGAUCAUGGUCCGAGAGGCGAAAGAUGCUAUCGCCGACUUAUCUACCCGUCUAGAGGCCGAAGGAUCUACAAAGUCCGACAUUGGUACUCUUGAAGGCCUCAUGAAGGAUGUUUGGCUUGCCCUUGACGAGUUGAAGAGCAAGACAAAGGAAGGGGAGGAGACCGAAGGAGAUGAAGGAGACGACAACGGCAAGCUGCUUAAGUCUGAUCUUCAAACCGUGGAGGCCAUGGUCUUCGAGGUUAAGACUCAAAUUGAUGAGCUAAAACUACCUGAGGUGGAGACACUUCCAACGAAGGAGGAAAUCCAAGAACUCUCGGCCCUUGUUACUGAUUUCCGCGACAAGAUGGAGAAUGCCAACGACCUCACCGCCCAAGGAUUUGAGGCUCGGAAAAUCGAGCAUGGUGGCCUCGCUGUCAAAAUUGAUGAGAAAAUUGACGAGGCUAAGUACGUCGUCGGUGAGCUUGGUGACGAGCUCAAGAGUCGGCUUGAUGGCAGCAGCGAAGGACUUAACGAGCUCAAACAGUUACUUGAAGGCCUUGCAAUUUCUGCAGAGAACUUUACUACCGUGGAAAAUGUCAAGGAACUCACAGAUCUUAUUAACCGUGAAUUCGAGCGUGCCCGCGGCGAGGAAGAUGCCGGUAGGCUUGAAAAAGAGGAGCGAGACGCUGCUGCUCUGGUCAAGCACGACGAGACUCGAGCUGCUGUCAUUUUUGAGCUUGGAGCCAAGAUCGAUGAGAAGAUUGGAGAGUUAAUUGCAAAAUACGACGAAGCGCACACUUCACUGCAUUCUAAAUUCUCAGAGACCGAGGAGCGAGAUCUGGCUCAUGCUGAAAUGGUGACAAGCACCAAAUCUCUCGCCGAGGACAUUCGGCUUGUCAUUGGUGCUAUGGGCACUACGGUCACCGAAGCGUGUGAGCGCACAUCCGAGGAGACCAAGGCUCUUGCUGAGAAAGUUGAUGAAUCAUACAACCGGAUUGAAGAGAUGCACAACGAGGUAAAAUCUCACCAAGAGAAAUCUCGAGGUGAGAACGAGAGAGCAGUUGCAGCCACAGAGCGUGUUGAGAGCAAGCUGCUUGAGUUCAACCCCCAGAUCUUGCAGACUGUCCAGGAGAUCUUGACUGUUGUCAGUCAGCACUUUGAUCACUCACAGAAGUCGGCGGAGGAAGUCAAGUCAGAGCUCCUUUCUCUUCCAGCGGCUAUCCCGAGUAUGCUGCCCGCCUUGCCACCUCCGGAAUCCUCCCGGGACAUCGAAGAUGACCCUGUUCACAACAAGCUCAAUGAUCUUCUGGAGCACGCCAAGAACAGUCCGGUUCAGGAUGUUCUGAACACGCUCCUGGAGCAUUCAAAGAACACUCAGCUUCAUGACAAACUUGACCGUGCCCUCGAGCACGGCGCUUCAUCGAACAGUGAUAUCUAUGAGAAGCUCAACCAGAUCCUCGACCUUGCCACCAACGGUAGUGGUUCCAUCCAUGAGAAGCUUGAUGCUCUGCUCAGUCGUCCAGCCGUUGACCCCGAGCAAUCGGUCACUCAGAUGAUGAAGCUGGACGAGAUGCACAAGGAUAUCAUGGAGAACACUCGUAGGAUGAAUGAGAUGUUUGCUGUCCAGGCCACGCUCGUCGCCGAGGACACCGAGCGUAAGCGUCGUGAGGCGGAGGAAGCUGCGAUUGCCCUGGAACGCAGAAUCGCCCAGCGCGAGCAAGUCGAGGCCGACAUUGUCGGUUUGCAAGAGGAGAAGGAUUCUCUGCUGAAGAUGUUCCAAACCCUGAAGAACGAGAAGGAGGAACUUGCCAAACAAACUGCAAAGAUGAGCAAGGAACUUUCUGGCCUUGAAACCGCUUUGGAGAUCCGACAUGAAGAGAUGCAGCAGAUGGAGGAGCGCGCUGAUGGCCUGGAGAAGCGCAUCCUGGAAGGUGUUCUCGAUCAUGCUCGCAGUAUUCUCCUGAGCAGAUCCGGAAGCCUGAAUAGCAUGAACCUCAAGCGGAAUCAGAGCACGCGCUCAUCUCGCGCUGGUGCUCGCAGCCCUAGUAUGGCUAGCGUCACUACCACAAGCACUGCCCGAGAGCCAAAGGAUGCGCGCAGCCUUCUCGGAAAUGGUGUCGGCAUGGCCCUCAAGCGUCGUACAGCCAAUGGCCUUCCACCAGGACCGACGACCGUCCUGCCUAACAUUGGAAAGGAGCGCCGAAUUCUCAGUUUGAGCCAUGUUACUGGUAACCGUGAUGCUGGUCGUCAAUCGGGACCUAACGGUGGAAUCACUAGUCUGAAGCGCAGUCACUCGGUCAAAUCCAACUUCUCCCUUCGCAAGACCUCCUGGGCUGGCCCCACUGCAAACAAGGAGAAUGAGGCAUUCCCGGAAGAAGAGGAGCCCGAGAGUGAGCCUGAGACCGAUGCUGGCACAGAGCGCAGGACCAGCUACGCAAGUACCAACCGGCAAUCGAGCUACGCGGGAACCGAUCGUAAAGCUAGCUAUGCCGAGACUUGUACUGACAGUGUGGUCACUGGAGUUACUGACAGUGUUGUCUCAGAAGAUCGACGCACUAGUGGCAUGAGCAGUACCAUGGAGCACGAGGAUUCUGAGCUAGCAUCAGAUGACGACGAUGCUCAGACAGCUCGUGAAGAUGACGAUGAGGAUGUUAAUACAGAUGGAGAGAACGAAGACGAGAAGAAGGAAUCAGAGGACCUGCAGGAUGACGUUGAUGAUCACUUCUCAGACACUGCCUCAGCUAUGGAGGCUGAAGUCCUUAAGCUGCUGGAGGCCCCUCCUGACAGUGGAUUGGGAACUGAAAUGACUGUUUAG